ACUAUGUAAAUGUAAAAUAUCAAUAACGUCAAAUGUCAAAAUAUAAAAACGAUACUUUUUACUAUUUUUACCCAAUUUUACAAAAAAUACAUAAAAAAGCCUCAAAAUGUUUUCCCUGGAACAAGUCGAUCGUCCUGGUCAAGAGGAAUUUAUCUGGGCGAUGCAAUCCCGUACAACUUAUGACAACGACGGUGAAGACGCCUUGUGGCGUGACCGCCGCCUAACGUCCACACCCCGAAUGUCGGAAUUAAUGAACAGUCUCAAACCAGAACUCUUCCGCAAUCAAGCAGUCGAAAACAGCACCAAAGAAAUCUCCACUCUACUUCCCGACGAAUUAAUUUCCGAUCCCGAAAAUUUCAACGAAAGAAUCUACGAUGUUGCUAUUGCACGUGGACGUGUUAUAGGCUUACAAAAACUAUGGGACAAAUAUCGAAUUAUCGGAAAAGGAGGGCCACUGCGCAUGGCACAAGCGCUCAACUCUUAUCUGGGCAAUGUGAUGCAAGAGGCAUUUUUGUAUCAUGGCGAUGUGAUAAAAUGCGACGGGCAGAAUUUCACCAUCAUGUGGAAGCAGGGAAGUCGCAAGAUGGCCGAUUGUGUGCAUCAAGCAGUCGAUUGUGGUCUAAGCAUCGUGAAAAACUUUACGAAUUUUGAGAAUGAUGUAGGAGUACAAGUCGCGGUAAAUAUUGGAAUUUCAUGUGGCACAGCAUCAUUCUGUGCGAUAGGUUCGAAAAAACGCGCGACAUAUGUACUGACAGGUGAUCCCCUAGAAGACGCGAAGGAUAUGCUUGGUAAAAUGUCCUAUAAUCAAGUGAUGGUCGACCAGGAUGCCUGGGAUAACCUCAAUAGUAUCGAGUAUUUCGCCAAGGCAUACGAUGAAGAGUAUAAUUUGUAUAUUGUUUCGGAUUUCUCAUCGGCAUGGAGGAGUAUUCAUGUUGCGAAUGAUACAACACUCUCAGGAGAAAAUAGUCUCACUGAUACAUUAAUGGCUGGUUCCUACUCAUCGAUCACACAAGUCACAAUACGAAGAGAAUUUCAUGAUAUUUAUAAAUUGCGGCCAAGCAUCGGAGACGCAGUAAACAUGAAAAUAUACCCGUCGUUGAAAUGUUUUAUAUUUCCACCGUUCAUUACCACAGUGGAAGCGAAUGAACCCAUCGAAACACUUAUAGAAAUGCGGUAUAUGGUCGUAUUGGUUACCAGUUUCUCGUUUGAGGCGCAAAGCUAUCACGAGAUGAUUAAACUGACCGAUUUUUACUACAAAAUGAUAAAUAACAUAAUAGAACCAUAUCAUGGUUAUGUACACCGCGUAACCUACAACGAAAACGAGCUCCUAUUCUACAUCCUUUUUGGCAUUCACGGAGACAACCAAAACGUCGAUAGUUCAAACGCGCUCAAAGCAGCAAUGAAAUGUUUCAAAGGAUCAGAAAAUUCAACAACCCUCUCACAAUUAUCCAUGUGCGUUGUUUCAGGCUGGGUAUUUUGUGGUCCGGUUGGUCAUCACAUGCGUCGCGAAAACAUAAUAAUCGGCUCGCAUAUAAACAAAGCCCGCCGCUUCCUCGACGAAUUCCCCAACAAAGUCACCUGUGACCUGGACACUUUCCUCAAGAGUAAACUAGACGCACGACAUUUCACGCUACAAGACCGCAAGAAACCCGAGGGUAACACCAACACCAACACCGAGCGAACCGAUCAUGAAUGUAUCUAUGAAUACGUCGAACGUGACUUGUCAAAUCGCCUGCCGCGCUUUGCAAUCAGCCAGUACCCUAUCCUCGAUCGUGAUUACGAAAUCGAAACAUUCAAGCGCAUGAUGCACACCAUCAGCAAAGUGAAUAAAACCCCGAAUUGCAACGAUAUCGCUUUCGCUACGAACCAUCCGGAUUGUUCCUCAUCGGUGAACCACGCUCAGGGAAAACCCGCCUCAUUGAAGAACGCCUAUACUGUAUCCACCGAAUUCCCAAUGUUUCGCCUACGGUUAAACUACCUCGACAAAUUCGUGCCUUACCAAAUGAUUUACUACCUGUUCGGAAUCCCGCUUGGAAUCGCACAUAAUUCCACAAUCGCUGACAGGGAAGCAAAACUAUCCUCAAAACUAAAACACCUACCUCUAGAUGGUUUGGAAUGUGUGUUGAAUGUGAUCUUCCGAGUGAAUUUCCCGAAGAUGCCUGUGAUAGACACACUGCGUCCGGAAGAAGUGAAAACCAUCCUGAAUAAUAUGAUCAAAUUUCUGUGUCGUAUUUGUUUCACACGUCCCUGGGUGAUUUUAAUCGAUUGUGGUGAACACAUCGAUGCAGAAUCCUGGGAUUUGAUUUAUUCUAUCCUGGAGACUCAUUUGGUUUUACUUGUGGUUGGUAUAGGAGGAGUCAGACUUGAAUUACCACAGAAUGUACAAGAUGUGCUUAGUUUAACAAAGUGUAAAACUUUACAACUUUUACCACUGGAUAAACUCUUUCAUGUUACACUGGCUUGUCAAAUAUUAACCUGUUCAGCCAUACCAGUACAAUUAGAAAAAGUUAUACAGGAUAAAAGCAACGGAAACGCCGGUUGGAUAGAAAAAUUCCUCACCUGUUUAAUUCACAGUAACAUAAUUGCACUGAAAAAGACCGAAUUGCUGGGAGACGCGGCACAGGACCUUGUUUUCCCUUCAAAGGAGCUCAUGUCACGUGAUUGCCUCAAAUUAACCCAAGCUAUUAAAUGGAAACCCACACAAUCUACGAUUCACUCCGCUAUUCUUCUACAUCGUAAAAAAUGGGAGAUAUUUGAAACUGUCGCCGCGACUGAUACAAUCCGCCUGAGUGAAGAUAUCGAUGUAUCACUCGUAGACACCGGCAGUAAACAAUUACCAAUCAGUCAAACGUCGACGAAUAUCGGCCCACGACACCGGCGCUCAUCCAGUAAGGAUAGCAUCAGUCGCAGGCAGACAAAAGAGCUAACGACAAUCCCGUCGAAUGACUAUGUGAGUGGAAGAGCUAGCCAAAUAAAUCUGUUUAAUAUUUGCGUGAUGCAGCCGAAUGGUGAGGCGCUGCUUGCUCAAAUGGACCUUGAUUCAAUCUCAGCGUUGGAUACUAGAAAGAUAAUGGAUGGUUUGACAUCCUAUGAGAUGACUUUCCUGAAAGGAGCUUCUGUCAUCGGCGAUUUCUUCCUGCGUGAUAUGCUUAUGUUUGUUAUAUCAUGCACAAAUGAAAGUGAACUGGCAAUAGCAUGUGAACACCUUUUUGACCUUCGGAUAAUCGGCUGUGCCGAAGGUGAUUUCCGGCGUUCUCUGAUGAACUACGCACCGAUUGUGACUGAUCGUUACACCACCUAUGACGAUACAAUAGUCGCGUGCAAUUGUGACGGUUUCCUCAUCUCGGAAUCCUGUCAAAAGUUCUCCAAAUACGCCAACUGCGGUUACAUGCGAUUCAUCAACCACGACUUUCGAAACGCUGCGUAUAAUCUACUCACAGCCACACAACUGCAUGAUUUACACACGAAAGCAAUGAGUUUUCUUGAAAUGAGCACGCGUAAAUGCGUCAGUUGUGGAAAUGGCGUCUUUACGAAAAUCUUGGGUAAUUUUUACGAGGAGGGUGUUUUAGCUGUGAAGAAGAAACGCCGCCAGACUGUACGAGGGGAAAGCAUUGGGAAAUCAUCAGCUAGUCUUCUGGAAACCUGGGAUGUCGCACCGUUAAAUUCCACAACGUCCAGCAUUCGGAAUAGUUCAAUGAAACAUUACGAACGGAUGGAUCGAGCAAAUAAUAAACAAGACGGUAUAAUAUUCCAAGCUUAUACAAAAGCUGGUGUGACAGGAGAAAAAGCAAAAAUUCCACCGCCAUUUGAAAGCUCGGACUUUUCAUGCUGUGAGUGUGAUAGAAUCCUAGCAUGUAUGUAUCAUCACAUACGUAAACACUACGAAGUCACCGAGAGAUAUGACAGAUGGUUAAAUGCCACUUUGGAAUAUUCAACAUUAUGCACAAAGAAUGCAAAUGUUGCUUUGGCGAUAAAAUUUCUGAACCACGCUUUGGAGAUUAUCAAAGGACCUUAUAAAGCAAUAGCGAACCCAGGCGAAGCAUGGAAAUACAACGUGAUGAAAGCGCGUGUUUUGACAGAAAUCGGCCGGGCUCGUUCACGAAUCGGCCAAACACGUCUUGCAUACCAAGCGUAUGAGAAAGCCCUCUAUCACUACGGUUACACACUACCAAAACCAUCAAGUCUGCGUUAUAAAAUCAUGGAUUCCUGGCAGUAUAUCCUAAUGGCGACCAAAUCGCGGCGAGGAAUCGGGACAAAAUUCGGUUAUGUUGCCGAGUUUUACGAUAAUGUAUCAAAUUGUCUUAGCAUGAUGGCCAAACUGUUCAUACACUUGGAAAUGUGGGAUAAUGCUUAUAUAGCUGCAUUGUGGAGUUUGAAAAAAUCUCUACAAUCAGAGAAGAAUUUCGUGACGUUGAUCAACGCCUUCACGAAUAUUAUUUUUAUAUCAGCGAGGAAGAGGAAGUACGGCGUUGUGGAGAGGUUGGAAAUCAUGGCGUUGGAUUAUUGCAGAAGAUACAAGUGUCACAUUGAUGUGAAUGACAUUCGUAGUGUUACAAAAUUAUACGCGGCCAUCUUUUACAUCAGAAUACAACGAGCACGUUUUGAGGAUGCAUUCAACAUCGCCAUCUGUGUGGAUCCCAUGGCGGACAUGUUGCAAUUCCGCGCGUUGCUUAUCAAACUCUUUCCGCUUUUCAUCGAGAUGAUUCUCCUCCGAUCGGAUGUUAAUGAAGUCCUCAAUGCAAUGACUACGUUUGAACAGGUCACUGGUAUACGAGGUGAUUACAUCGGUGAUUUAUGGUUUCACUCGCUUGCUAUCUACUUCCACUUGCAAACUGGUUGUUUGUUAGUGGAUAUCAAGCUGUGUGAGGAUUAUUAUUACACGCAGAACAAGCGAAUGAUUAAUUUAAAGGAACCGGAAGCUGAACGGCGAUAUUUCGUCGCUAUUUGGUUGUGGUAUCUUCGAACUGAUAAUUAUGAUAUUGCUGAUAUAUGGCAGAGGAAACUACCGGAGACAUGGACAGUGGAUCCGCAGGAAUCUAUAAGUAAUCUUAUUACAACAUUAAUGUAUAUCGAAGGAAUGAUUAUUAGACUUACGCACAAUAUGGAUCGGAAGAUGAUGUUUAUAAAUGAAGAGAUGAAUACGAAAAUUCGUACUUUGUUGCGAAAAAUGGAGGAACAAGCGUCCAAGGUGAAAAUUAUAGCGCCUAGGUUGUAUCAUUUGAAAGCUUAUUAUCAUAUGUGUAAUAUGGAUGAGUAUAAAGGCUUUGAAACUCUGGAUAAAGCGAUUAAACUAGCGCAGAAUAUGGGGAAUUUAUUCGAUGCUGGCUGGGCACGACAUUCGGAACGCGCUUGGAAACAAAACAUGCCGACGAUUGAAAGAACUCUGUGGAAGGACCAUGCCAACAUCGAGAUGCUGGAUUACCGUGAAGUGGAAUCAAACAGAUAUAAAAUAGUGUUUUAUACUUUAGAAAUGCCAAUGUAUCUAUAAAACAAUGGCCGACAAAC